AUGAGCCUCAAAUUCACUACUCUCGAUGUUUUUACAAAGACCGCCUUUGAAGGCAAUCCACUGGCUGUGGUGACAAUCCCGCCACCAAGCCAGUGUCCUCCUCUCACCCAAGCCCAAAAACAACGCAUAGCCCGCGAGUUCAACCUUUCAGAAACCGUCUUUGUCCAUGAUAGCGAGAAUCAUUCAGAGUCAAGUGAGAGACGAAUUGACAUAUUCACUCCGAAAGCGGAGCUUCCAUUUGCUGGUCACCCGACAAUUGGCACUGCAGUCUUCAUCCGUCCUCAAGGUGUCAAGACUUUGAUCGCCAAAGCAGGGAAGAUCGAUCUUGAAUUUGAUGCCAAUGGCUCUGCUCGUGCUGCUAUUCCACAUAACGUACGACUUCAUGCCCAUCGCCUUACCCAGCCCGAGUACGAAGCUAGUUCAGAUGGCCAGAUCGUUCAAGUUGCUGCAGCUGAGCAUGGCGCGCAGUUGUUCAGCAUUGUCAAAGGAAUGACUUUUGCGUUGAUCGAGCUACCAUCUCUCGACCUGUUGGGCGCUGCAAAGAUUGGAGCAAUGGCUUACAUAUCUGGAGACCUACAAGAUGAUGGCUGGAAACACGACUUUGACUCGAGGAGAUACUACUUUGUACUUCUAGACAGCGAACGAUCUUCGGAUGGAAAACAAUUCGUACAAAACGUUCGGACAAGACUCGUUAAACGCACAAUGGAAGACCCUGCAACAGGAAGUGCUGCAUGUGCAUUGGGUUGCUAUCUGGCACUACACAAGCUUUCUGCUCUUUCUGUCCAGUUCAGAAUUACCCAAGGUGUUGAGAUGGGACGCGAAAGUCUCAUUCUAGUUGAUGUAAUGGUUGAAAAGGAUGGAAAUGGAGAGCGCAGGGUCAAAACAGUCCAUCUUGGGGGGAAUGCAGUCGAGGUGAUGAGUGGAACCCUACGUGUCCCCUGA